AUGGGGCUCCGAGAUUUGGACAUAAAAGACUUGGAUCCGCUUGUAGGGAACUGUUCUGUGUACUCACUUGCUGGCGGAUCGAUCAGGUUUCAAGACUACUACAAUGGAACGUGGCUGAAGAAUUAUACCACCGAAUUUCUUCCGGCUUACUAUACUACCAAUUGCUCUGUGGACAAAUUAUCAGCAGUUCUAGAUGAAUAUUUCAACAACCAGGAGUCGUGGGAGCAAUGGACGAACGGUUUGAGUCCCCCCUUUAGCCAAAGAGACAACGGCGACGCAUUUGUGGCACUUCUUUUCACGCUAUCUGGAGUCUGUGUUUCGCUAUGGAUGCUCACACUUUUAUUAUACUUGCUGCCUCGCCAUAAACGAAAACCCCUUCUUACCCAGCUUACCACCGUGUUCUCGUCUGUGGUUUGUACGGUAUUGCUUACUCAGGUGACCGAGCUGGCUCGGGACGAGUAUUAUAACGACACUCUAGAUAUCUUUGUUUUUCGAGAAGUCAUGUUUCGGACACAAGCUUACCGAGUUUGCAAUGUGAUUGCGGUGCUUCUUGUCCAUCUUUCUCACUUACAAAUUGUCAUGCGGAUUACACGGCUGUGGUUCAAAUAUGCUAUGACGGUGGGGGGCAGCGUGCUCAUCGUAGUGUUCACCGUGUUGCACGGCGUGUUUGAAAUCAAGUAUGACGACGCUGAUGCUGUCGUAGACGGUCCAGACAACUCGGAACUUGUUUCUUCUUAUGCCUGGCGUGCUUCUAUCGUGUCUGUUCAUCUGGUGCUCCAAUUCUGGUUCAUGGCUGCGUUGUUCAAAUUCACAUUUUUGGACAAAAAUCCUCGUAAAAUCAGCUACGCCUUGCCCACUUUGGGCUUGGGCUUGUUCACAUGGGCCCUCAUCCUUAUCAUAUUCGUGGUCUACUUGCUUUCAGUGACAACAUUUCGUCACCAAUGGUGGGUGCGAUUAUGGCUCGACCAAUUACCCUCACUUUUGGAUGUUGCCCUUCUCACCAUAGCUUGGGAAUGGAUCUACAACAUCGCCCAGCUCGAAAAGAAGCAAGAACUUAUCGGAGUUCUCGGCCGACGUAUGAGUUCCGAUGAUGUAGCCAGCAACCUGGGAACCCUGCCCCCAACGGCGUGGUGGAAAAAAAGAAAGCUGACUUGGCCAAACGCCACGAAAUGGCUGGUGACUCCAAGCUCAGAAGACCAGCCCAUCGAAAUCCACCAAAUUGAUCCACCUACAGCCUCCAAUGAAGAUUCAAAUUUGCACCCACUAAAUCAGGAUCGGGUCCCGGUUCCAGACCUGCAUACAGCCGACGCUGUUUCUGUCAAUUCCGGCUCGACAAUCAGCUACAAUGUAAGCAUGGCAUCUUCAUCCUCCAGCAAUAAUGCCUCCACACAACCCCCACCUUUUGUCCCCCACCCUGGUUACUCCACGGAAGACUACUGGCACGAAAAGUCCUAG